AUGGCGACAACACUACACGUUCGUGCUGAGACGAAGCCUCUCGAGCAUCGCUCAGCUGUCACACCGUCCAUCGCAAAGAAGCUGGUGGACGCCGGCUACAAAGUCAACGUCGAGAAGUCCCCGUUAAGCAUAUUCCCCGACUCAGAAUAUGAAGGCACCGGUGCGAAGCUGGUUCCAACGGGCUCAUGGACCGAUGCUCCUGCAGACGACAUAGUCGUGGGCCUCAAGGAGCUGCCAGAAGAGGAUUUCCCUUUGAAGCACGUUCAUGUCCAGUUCGCUCACUGCUAUAAAGGCCAAGGUGGUUGGGACACCGUGCUCGGACGAUUCCCGCGAGGCAAAGGCACUUUACUCGAUCUAGAGUUCCUCGAGGACGAGAAUGGUCGAAGAGUCGCUGCCUUUGGCUACCACGCUGGCUUUGCUGGAGCGGCACUAGCACUGAUGGCAUGGGCCUGGCAGCUAACACACGACAAGAGUGAGCCCUUACCCGGUGUGACUCCGUACGAGAACGAAGGUGCUCUGAUUAAGGAUGUCAAAGACGCUGUUGAGAAGGGCAAAGCCAAGGCUGGUCACUUGCCUCGAGUGCUGGUCAUCGGAGCAUUAGGGCGAUGUGGCAAAGGAGCCGUGGAUCUGUGUGAGAAGGCUGGCUUGAACGAAAUCUUGAAAUGGGAUCUGCCAGAGACCAAGGCCAAGCCUGGACCAUAUCAGGAAAUCGUGGAGUCCGACGUCUUUGUGAACUGCAUAUAUCUCUCCGCCAAGAUUCCACCCUUCAUAUCGCCUGAGUCGCUUUCCCAAGCGAGCCGUAAGCUGUCGGUCGUGUGUGACGUCUCCUGCGAUACUACCAACCCGCACAACCCAAUACCGAUCUACGAUAUCAACACCACCUUCAGUGAGCCGACGGUGCCGGUCAAGCUCCCUUCGGGCUCCACCGAUCUACCCUUGAGUGUCAUCAGCAUCGAUCAUCUGCCUUCUUUACUACCUCGCGAAGCAUCAGAAGCCUUCAGCGGUGCGCUACUUCCAAGCUUGCUGCAGCUCAAGGACUGGAAGAACGUACGGGUGUGGCAGCAAGCUGAGAAGCUGUUCAAGGACAAGUGUGCAACUCUACCUGAUGGAGCUGUAGAUGGGCAUGCAGAGCUCGUGGCUGGUCAAUCAUGA